AUGGCGUGCUGUGGGAGCUGUCUGUGUUGCCAGUGCUGCUGUAGGGACGGGGAGACCAGGACGCCAGAGGAACUGACAAUUUUAGGAGAAACCCACGAAGAGGAAGAUGAAAUCCUGCCAAGAAAAGACUAUGAGAGCCUGGACUAUGACAGGUGCAUCAAUGAACCAUACGUGGAGGUUCUGGAGGGAAUGGACAAUAAGAAAGCCAAAAAGUAUGAAGCUGUGAAGUGGAUACUUGUUUUUGCCAUAGGAGUAUCCAUUGGUCUGGUUGGCCUGUUUGUGGAUUUUUUCGUCCGACUCUUCACUCAGCUGAAGUUCAGACUGGUUGAAAAAUCUGUGAAUGAGUGCACUGAGAAAGGAUGCCUAGCUCUGUCACUGCUCGAGCUGCUUGCCUUCAACAUGACCUUCAUCUUCAUCGCCAGUGUUUUAGUUCUCAUCGAGCCGGUGGCAGCAGGAUCGGGGAUCCCUGAGAUCAAGAGCUACCUGAACGGAGUGAAGAUCCCGGGAAUCGUGAGGCUACGCACCUUCCUGUGCAAAGCCAUCGGGGUCGUGUUCUCGGUGGCCGGAGGUCUGUUUGUGGGCAAAGAGGGACCAAUGAUCCACAGCGGAGCCAUUGUGGGAGCUGGGCUCCCUCAGUUUCAGAGCAUCACUUUCAAGAAAAUCCGUUUUGACUUCCCCUAUUUCCGCAGUGACAGAGACAAGAGGGACUUUGUGUCAGCGGGGGCUGCUGCGGGUGUGGCAGCGGCUUUCGGGGCGCCCAUUGGGGGCACUCUCUUCAGCCUGGAGGAGGGAUCGUCCUUCUGGAACCAGGCGCUCACGUGGAAAGUGCUGUUUUGCUCCAUGUCAGCCACCUUCACCCUCAACUUCUUCCGCUCCGGAAUAAACUACAACAAGUGGGGCUCCUUCCAGCUGCCAGGGCUGCUCAACUUCGGAGAGUUUAAGUGUCCGGAUGCGGACAAGAACUGCCACCUGUGGACAGCAGUGGACCUGGCGUUCUUCGUGGCGAUGGGAAUCGUGGGAGGGCUCCUGGGAGCCCUCUUCAAUUGCAUUAACAAGAGGCUGGCCAAGUACCGCAUGAGGAACGUGCACCCCAAAGCCAAAUUCAUCAGGGUGCUGGAGAGCCUACUGGUCACCAUGGUCACCACGGUGGUGAUAUUCCUGGCCUCGAUGACGCUGGGGGAGUGUCGGGACCUGUCCUCCCCCACCACCAACAACACCACGGCGCUGGUGUCGUUAACUGAGGAUGUCAACUCCACCAUCAAGCAGUUCUUCUGUCCCAAUAAGACGUACAACGACAUGGCGACUCUGUUCUUCAACCCUCAGGAGGUGGCCAUACAUCAGCUCUUCCACCAGGACGGUACCUUCAGUCCGGUCACGCUGAGCAUUUUCUUCGUGUUGUACUUCCUGCUUGCCUGCUGGACGUACGGCGUGUCUGUGCCCAGCGGUCUCUUUGUCCCCUCUCUGCUGUGUGGGGCUGCCUUCGGCCGCCUGGUGGCUAACGUCCUCAAAAUAAACAUUGGGAUGGACAUAUACUCCGGGACCUUUGCUCUGAUUGGUGCAGCUUCCUUCCUUGGGGGCGUGGUCCGCAUGACCAUCAGCCUGACUGUUAUUCUUAUCGAAUCGACCAAUGAAAUUACGUAUGGGCUGCCCAUUAUGAUAACCCUCAUGGUGGCGAAGUGGACAGGGGAUUUUUUCAACAAAGGCAUCUAUGACAUACACAUCCUGCUGAGGGGUGUACCACUGCUAGAGUGGGAGACGGAGGUGGAGAUGGACAAGCUGACAGCCAGCGACAUCAUGGAGCCCAACCUGACCUAUGUGUACCCCCACACCCGCAUCCAGUCGCUGGUCAGCAUCCUGAGAACCACCGUGUAUCACGCCUUCCCCGUGGUGACAGAGAACAGGGACAACGAGAAGGAGUUCAUGAAGGGAAACAUCCUGGUCAGCAACAACAUCCGCUUCAAGAAGGCCAGCGUUCUGACCCGGGCGGGAGAGCAGCGCCGGCGCUGCCAGUCCAUGAAGUCGUACCCGUCCAGCGAGCUGCGCAACGUGUGCGACGAGCAGGCGGGGGCGGAGCCUGCCGACGAGGGCCAGGACAUCCUGCAGCAGAUGCUGGAGAGGAGGCACAUGCCCUACCCCAACCUGUACCCAGACCAGUCCCCCAGCGAGGACUGGACCAUGGAGGAGCGCUUCCGACCUCUGACCUUCCACGGGCUGAUUCUGCGCUCGCAGCUGGUCAACCUGCUGAUCCGCGGGGUGUGCUACGCUGAGAACCAGUCGAGCGCCACUCAGCCCCGGCUCUCGUAUGCGGAGAUGACGGAGGACUACCCCCGCUUCCCUGACAUCCACGACCUGGACCUGGCCCUGCUCAAUCCACGCAUGAUUGUGGAUGUCACCCCCUACAUGAACCCGUGCCCCUACACAGUGUCCCCGAACACGCACGUGUCCCAGGUGUUCAACCUGUUCCGGACCAUGGGCCUGCGCCACCUGCCUGUCGUCAACGCUGUUGGGGAGAUUGUGGGAAUAAUCACCAGACACAAUUUAACCCACGAGUACCUGGUGGCCAAACUCAGACAGCACUACAUCACCAUCUGAGAACCGUCCAAGCCCCGUUCACCUGGCGUACAGACCCGCUCCUAGCCUGGACCAGAACCAGGGGGCCCAGCUAUGCUUUCCAGAACUUCCGUCAUUCCUGCUGCACCACAGACUACACCACUACACCGCGGUAUCUCGCACUAAACACUAGAAGGAUCAAAGAGGUUCCAGAAAUGGG